AUGAGUAUGUCUUUCAAGCCACAAAAUACGAAGGUUGCUGCGACAAAGCGAAUAAUAAGAGAUUUGAAAGAUCUUAACAAACUUCCAAUACCUGGACUCGGUGUUACUUGUCCUGAUGAAUCAAAUCCAUUUGUUUUACAUUGCAACGUAUUGAUAAAUGAUGGACCCUAUCAUGGAAUCAUGAUUCAUUUAAUUCUUCGUAUUCCAGAAGAUUAUCCAUUGACAGGUCCGGCUGGAAAUAUAGCACCUGGCUUAGAAUUCGAUUCUAGAUAUCAUGGUCAUAUUCAUGAAGACUAUAGAAAUGGACAUGCUUUGUGUAAUGAUUUACUGACGAAUUACGCUUCUUAUUUUCGCGCUAUCGAUGGAGGUACCAUCAAACAAGCCAGUGGUUGGAGUCCUGGUUAUACUUUAUCAACAGCACUCCUUCAAAUCGUUACAUUUUUUGCAGAUCCUGAUCUUAGUUUUAAGCCCUCUUCAGAGAGCAUUGCUCAUCUCCGUGGUAUGGUGAAAAAUUUCACAUGUACAACAUGUGGUCAUUCGUAUGCCAAUCCAAAUCCGGCUAUAAUCGGUUAUAAUGAGAAAAAGUCAGAUGAAAAACAAACAAAAGAAGAAACCAUGUUGAAAAAAGAAGAAGAAGAAGAACUAUUGAAAUCCAAGCGUGAACUAAUGGAAAAAUUAACAUGUGGUGUAACAAAACAAAAUGUCAUAGAAGAUAAAAUUUGUCUUGGUUAUCCGUUAUUAGUUACACGUGAUAAUCGUGGUCGAUUGUGGCCAGAAAUUGUUUUGGAACUUAUUUCUUAUGACGCAUACGUUGCAGAAAUACAGAAAUCGGGUGGAGAAAAAUUAGAUUUUUAUGAAAAUUUAAAAUUUCGUUCUGUCACAGGAGCAGAUUACAAUCAUUGGUUGCCCUUGUAUAUUAAUUGGAAUCAUUUUCAACAAGGACAAACAAUUAUUCAAAAUAGUAUUAGUGUUAUUUACAAUGGGACUGCUCAAGGUGGUGCAAGAUAUGAUUUUAUGCCAUACAUGGCAUUGAGUGUGUUGACUACUCUAAUGAAUAAAUCAGCUGUUCGUUUAUUUAAUGGUCAAAUGUAUGAAUCAACACAAGCGAUAGAAGCAUAUUGCCAUUUUUUACGUUUAUUAAUGCAUUUUAUUGAUCUUUUUCCUGCAUUAGAUUAUAGAAUUAAUCAAAUUGUGGAAAAAUUCACAACAGCAUUAGAUGGUCGUAAUAAAAAGGUAGUACCUGAUAUUGGUGAAUUUUUGAUACAAAUCGCGUUANAAAAAAAUACCACAUAA